UUCUAUCUUCCUGGGGCCAGCCCCUACUUCAGGCCAAAUCCAUUUUAUGAAAACUUGAAGAUAAAGGAGAAAGAGGUCAUGUCAUUACUGCACAACUUAGACACAAAGAACAUUGAACAUCGUGAGAAAUUUCAGGAGCUGAAGAAGGAGAUUAACUUCUAUCGCAACCUGCACAGCCGGCUCCUGAUGGACCAGGCAUGUAUGAAGAAGAAGUUGGUCACAUUGAAGCAGGAGAGCAAGGAGUUACAGCGAUAUUUGUUUGAGUUGAACCCGAAUGAUGAAGAUGAACAGGAGAAGGCCAGCAACCUCCAGACCCAGCAAAAUGUGGUAGGAACAAGCAGCUGAGUCAGAUUAACAAUGUCUGAUACCAUUUGCCUAUUGGAUACAUCUUUGCUUCCCCUAUCAUCUUUCUAAUCUCCCCACACCCAAUCAGUC